AUGCCGCUCAUUACGACACCCAGAGGCCUUCGGUACUACCGCUUCAGUGACCGCACAAAAAGGAUAUGGCAGUACAGGCUUGAAAACGGGAACUGGCUGAGGCUGCCCAAGCCGAUCCGGAUUGCUGAAGGGUAUGAGGACCAGUAUACCUUUGGCAUCAGCCACUUUAGCGACCCUCUAAAGGAACCAGUGGUCACCUUUCUCGCCGGCGGUCGAAACGAGUCCAUGCUCGAGUUUCAGUGGGCCAUAGACGACAAUGAUGCCAGUCAAGUCGCUAUCCCGGACUCUGUCCGAAAACUGGCGAAUGGGAACGUUGCACCUGUUUUGCUCGAUCCAUCUCCAGCUCUUGAUGCCCCUCCUAGUAUCUGGGGUAAGCAAUGGGCGUUUCUAACGGGUGGUUCGAAUAAGUUCUCGCCUGUGGAACUUGAACGUGCUACACCGGCUGGCUGUUGGGAGGGAAGAGAGAUACGAGACAAGAAGCUUUUUGCACCUUCGAAAGUGGCUGCUUGUGUCAAUUUCACGGGAUUACACCUGUUUAUGCCUGGCAUUUAUGACGGUCGCUAUGGACUGAUGAAGGCCUCUCGGUCCUUGGACAGUGAAGAAUACACAGUCGACGUUUACCUCAAUGUCCCCGACGAAGCAGGCAUCAUCAUUGAUGCAGCCUUGGCAGCAGCUUCAUGGAACGAAGAACCGCGCGUCUUUGUCCUGACCCGCCAGAAGGAUAGCCCUGUUCGACAUGUACAAGAAUGCGUGUACGAUGUCGAUGAGAAAGCCAUGGCACUCCGGCAGCUGACCGAGUAUGACGGCUGGGUUGGUGUAGGCAUAGAUGGGCAAAAUGUCGUCGUUGCGUAUGAGGAUCGGGAUGAGUAUGGGAUUAAUCUCAAGACGCUUGUCUGGGAUGAAGAGGAGGAGUGGUGUGAUGGACCGGAUAUUGAUCGGUGGGAGGGCGCGAAUGGGGGUUCCUUGAGGGAGAUGGAGGAAUGA